AUGGUAGGCCAAGGCAGGACGGACGGCCAAGGCGGGUUGGAGCCAUGUCACAUGGGUGGGUGGGUGGGGGGAGAGGGGCCAAUUCGGUUGCUUGUUUGCUUGCUGUGCUGCGCCAAGCGUCGCUCGGGAAAGGGGGCGCCGGCUGCGGAAGGCGCAUUCAAGAAAAGGGGAAAGGCAGGCAUGACGCGCUGCUGCUGGCACAGGUGGGAGUGUGUCGCGCAGGGGCUAGAGGGAAAGUGCGGUGGUGGGAUGGGGUGGGGGGACCAGAGGGGGAAAUGCAGCAACGAGGGGAAGGGGCUGAGUGGAAUGUCGAAGCGCGCACGACGGAACAUCGCGGCGUCUCUGCCUCGCCUGCUGUACCGCCACCACGCGCUCAUCCUCAAGGCGUCCGUGUCGCUCUUCCUCGCGGUCGUGCUCUUUCUCGCCGUCGACCCGCUCCAAUGGCGGCAGGGCGAGGAGCCCCCAUUGGACUUCUCACACUGCCCGGCCCACGCCACCCCGUCCUCCAACCCUCCACCCCGCCCCUCCUCCGCCCGCUUCGCUUACACGACCCUCAUCACCUCCCCCAGCUACGUCAUGUCCGCGCUCGUCUGGUGCACAGCGCUCCGCCUCACCGGCACGCCGCACCACAUCGUCCUCAUGACCGCCAUGGACGACCCCUUCUUUAAUCUCCCCAUCCUGCACCGCCACUUUGAUCUGAUCCUCCCGGUGCCGCUGGUGCCCAGCAAGUACGGCGCGAAGCACUUUGCGAAGCUGCAGGCGUGGCGCAUGGAGCAGUACGAGAAGGUGGUGUUCAUGGACGUGGAUGCGAUGGCGCUGGGGAGUCUGGACUUUAUGUUUGAGAGAGAGGAGCCGACGGGCGUGCCGAGCUACUUCACAGAGGCGUUCAACAGUGGGAUGUUUGUGCUUAGGCCUUCCCAGGCCACAUUCACCUCCCUGGUGGCGAAAAUAGACGUGCUGGGCUCCACAGACAACGCAGACCAGGGCUACCUGAACCGCUACUGGCCGGGCUUUGCCAACAUGUCCACCGCCCACCGCCUGCCCUACCGCUUCAACGCCAUGCUCCUCUACCCCCGCAACUACCCCCCUCCGCGCUGGUACGACGUGGACCGUGCACACGAAAUCAUGGGGCCUGUCAUGGUGGCUCAUCUGGGCGGGCCGUGGGGGAAGCCGGCUGGUAUGGGCUCGAAUCGGCCUGUGCCGGGCCCGAAUGGGUGUCACUGGUGCUUUGUCAAUGGCGAGCAGCCGUAUGCGGUGUGGCUGAGGAUUUGGUAUAAUGUGUCCCGUGCGUUGUAUGAUAACUGCUGGUACCCGCUGGAUGCGGGGGGCGGGGGUGCGAGCGGGGAAGGGGGGAGCGGGGGGGGUGGAGGCGAGCGGGGGGAGGAGCGGGGGGAGGAGGGGGAGGAGGGGGAGGAGAGAGUGUUGCUGAGGAGCAGCAGCAGCACAGGGUUUUCGCUCACUGCAGGGCUGCUGAAUGCAGCAGAUUAUGAAUCAGAAGAGCCGGGGAAGAAGCCUCGUGCGGCUGAGUGGGUGAGACCAAGCAUGACGGAGAGUGCCGUGGAAGGACCAGGCGGGGCAGAGUUGGGUCACACGAGCGGCAGCAGUGGCAGCAGCGGCAGUGGGGGGCGAAUGGUGGUUGCAACAGUGGUAUCAGCACGCAACCACCAUGCGGCAGUCCCAUGGGCGAUGUCUUACAACAAGCACCACCCGCCCGGCCCUUCCCGAGUCCCCUCCCUCCUGCUCGUGCUCCCAUCCGUCCCCUCCUCCCACCAGAAACUUCUCGAGCCACUGUUUGACCACGUGCGGGUGGUCCUCUCGGUGGGCCGUGCGGGGCAAGAGGGGAAAGAGGAGGGUCAGGAUGAGAGUCACCAGGAGGAGAAGGAGGAGGGGGAGGAGGAGGCGGAGGAGAUGUCAGUGUUGCAGGUGUGGAGCCAGACGGAUUUCGACCGGGUGCUCUAUGUGGAUGUACUCUCUCUCUUUGCCACCAACAUCCAGCUUGUCUUCUCCGAAUUCCAGCCGUUUGCUGCGCCCCCGCUGCGCUUCCCUCCUGACAUGUUCUCUACGAGAGUCAUGCUGCUGCGGCCGAACCAAGACGUGCUUUCACGGAUGCUGCAGACGCGGCACGAACGUGCGAGCAGCGGGAGCAGGGGGAGCGGUGGGAAUGGGAGCGGUGGGAAUGGGAGCAACACCGAGUACCUAGACCUGUUCCUGAACGCGUACUAUGGCACCUGGUUCUAUGAAUCGCCGCAGCACCGCAUGCCGUACGCGUAUGCGGUCAACCUGAGGUACAACCAGAGGCUAAGGCAGUACCAGCCGCACCCGCGCAUUGUCACGUUUGACGGGGACUCGCCGAUGCACAUGGAUGUGCGAGUGUGGGCGGACCCAACAGGGGGGUCAAGUGUUAACUUUGGCCGUGUGUGGCAUGGGUACUGGCAGGAGGGGUUGGGGCGCUGGCCGCGGCUGCGGUCGUUGCAGGCGAAACGAGCCGUCGCGGGGACGUGGACGGUUUCGCCGGGAUCGCACAUUGGCGUCGCCGGCGUCGCAGCCACUGCAGAGCAGCCGUCGCAAGGCAGCAGCAGCAUUUUCGAGUGCGACGAGUCGCAGGCGGCCAUGUAUUCGGCGACCUUCGAUCCCUGUACUUUCUCUCUCUCCUCCCCUUGCCGAAUACUCAUCUACGAUCCAUCGAUAACAGCCCAGUACGCCACUGCAGGAGCAGCCCAGCAGCGCGCGCACCUGCUUCCCCCCUUCUCCCGCACCUCCCUCUGCCCGCCCUCUCGCUCAUCUGCUCAUAUGUACAGACGGGCUAAGGCAGGGAAGCCAAUCUGCCGGCUUCCCCGCCUUAGCCCAUCUGUGGGGGGCAGGCAGCUGAGCAAGGACUUUUGA